AUGUCUGCUCCGGCCCCGCGAGGCCGCGGCCCGCGUCGCGGAGGCGGCGGGCGUGGCGGCCGUGGCGGCGCUGCGGCACCGCCGGCCAACGGCGUGCACACUUCUGCGCCCGCUGCCGCUGCGCCUACGCCGAUGGCUGUCGAUGCCGCCGCGCCGGCGCCGACGGUCUCGACGCACCUGUCCACCGUGCGCUUCGACUCGCUCGCCGCGCAGCUGCCGCCCGCGCUGCUCUCGGCCGUGCCGUUCGCGCUGAUGAGCGAGGUGCAGGCGGCGACGCUGGCGCCCGCGCUGGCGGGCAACGACAUUCUCGCGCAGGCCAAGACGGGCACGGGCAAGACGGUCGCCUUCCUGCUGCCGGCCAUCGCCAAGCUCGUGCGCGCGCGCGAGGCCGGCCGCGCGCCGCCGUCGGGCAGCGUCAGCACGCUCAUCCUCAGCCCCACGCGCGAGCUGGCGCUCCAGAUUGAGAAAGAGGCGGCGAUGCUGCUGAAGAACUUUGGCGGCGAGAUCGGCGUGCAGCACGUCGUCGGCGGCACGAACAUCACGACGGAGAAGCGCAACCUCGCCACGAAGCGCUGUGACAUCCUCGUCGCGACGCCCGGCCGCCUGCUCGACCACCUGGAGAACGGCCUGGCGGCCAAGUUCAGCAAGCUCGGCACGUACAUCCUCGACGAGGCGGACCGCAUGCUCGACAUGGGCUUCCGCCAGGAGCUGACGAAGAUUGCGCGCUACCUGCCCGACCGCAAGGCUGUGCCGCGGCAGGCGCUGCUCUUCUCGGCCACGAUCCCGCCGGGCAUCAAGGAGGUCGCCGACCUCAACGCCAACGCCGUGCACAUCAACACGCUCGGCGCCGAGGAGGCCAACACGCACGAGCACGUGCCGCAGGAGUUCCUCGUCGCGCCGCAGACCGACCUGCUGCCGCUCACGCUCGCGCUUAUCCUCGAGGAGCUGGCGCGCACGCCCGCCACGGCCAAGAUCAUCGUCUUUGCGCCGACGGCACGCGGCGCCGCCAUUGCCUCGGACGUGUUCGAGACGCCGGGCGUCGCGCACGUGCUUAACCAGUUCGGCGGCAGCGCGCCGUUCCCGACGUUCGCCAUCCACAGCCGCCGCUCGCAGUCGCAGCGUGUCAAGGCCACCGAGGGCUUUGCCAAGGCGCCGCGCGGUGUGCUCUUCAGCAGCGACGUCGCCGCGCGCGGUGUCGACUUCCCGGGCGUUUCCGUCGUGCUGCAGGUCGGCCUGCCGGCGUCCGCCGAGCAGUACAUCCACCGGCUCGGCCGCACGGGCCGCGCAGGCAAGGACGGCCACGGCAUCCUCGUGCUCAGCGACUUUGAGCAGGCCUUCCUCAACGACCGCGAGAUGCGCGCGCUGCCGCUCAAGCAGCACUCCGGCAACGGGCUGCGCCUCGACGAGUGCCGCAGCGUCAUCUACGCUGCGCUUGACGGCGUGCCGGACGAGGCCAAGUCGCAGGCGUACCAGGCCGCGCUGGGCUACUACAAGGGUUCGAUGCGGCUCAUCCAGAUGAACGCCGCGCAGCUCGUCGCUAGCCUGAACGACUACGCUGUGCAGGGCCUGCGUUACAAGGGCGGCGCCGCGCCGCCGCUGCUUGCCAAGACUGUCGGCAAGAUGGGCCUCAAGGGCACUCCGGGCCUCAACAUCGUCAAGGAGCUCCCUCCCAUCGGCGGCGGUGCACCUCGCGGCGGUGGCGGCGCGCCCCGUGGCGGCGGUGCCCCGCGCGGCGCCCGUGGCGGUGGACAGCAGCAGGGUCGCAGCGGUGGCCAGCAGCAGCCGCAGCAGAACGGCUUCGGCGCCGAGCGUGCCGACCCGGCUGCGCACCGCCGCGACCGUCGCGGUGCUGGCGCGCCGAUCGGCGGCGGUCGCGGCGGCCGCGGUGGACACACCCGCCCCGCCUGAGCGUCGUCUGUAGUCUUCUCUGUCACCUUCUCCGGGACGUCGGCGUUUCACCUCUGGGCACCACUCGUACAUCACUAGACGUCUCUGGGUCUUGUUAAUGGCAGCCGCUUAUAGAGCUAUGCCGAAGCGUGUGAUGGCCGAUCAUGCACCGCCCAGGCAAGCACAGCGCCUGAUCAGUGCUCUCGCCAGACCGCACCGUCC